UGGUGUGUGCAGAGUUGACCAAUCGAAGCGCGGGGUGUCACCUUUAGAACCGCCUUCUUUUGUGGAUUGACGUGCCCCUGGACCAACGAGUGUCAAAGAACGGUCUAAGCGGCGUGCGGUGCCGCGAUUCGGUCAGUGUGAGGUGAAGAUGGCGGUGCUGGCGCCUCUCCUGGCGCUGUUCUACUCCGUGCCGGGGAUCUGCCGCUGGCUCGCCCAGCCCUACUACCCGCUCUCGCUCCUGCUCUCGGCGGCCUUCCUGCUGGUGCGGAAAGUGCCGCCGCUGUGCCAUGGGCUGCCCUCCCAGCGCGAGGACGGGAACCCGUGCGACUUCGACUGGCGGGAGGUAGAGAUUCUGAUGUUUCUCAGUGCGAUUGUGAUGAUGAAGAACCGCAGAUCCAUUACUGUGGACCAGCAUGUAGGAAAUAUCUUUAUGUUCAGCAAAGUGGCCAAUGUCAUCCUUUUUUUCCGCCUUGACAUCCGGAUGGGGCUGCUCUACCUCACACUCUGUAUAGUGUUCCUGAUGACCUGCAAGCCACCUCUGUACCUGGGUCCUGAAUACAUCAAAUAUUUCAGUGAUAAAACCAUAGAUGAUGAACUAGCACGGGAUAAGCGGGUAACCUGGAUUGUGGAAUUCUUUGCCAACUGGUCCAAUGAGUGCCAAUCGUUUGCUCCCAUCUACGCUGACUUAUCCCUCAAGUAUAACUGCAGUGGACUGAACUUUGGGAAGGUAGAUGUGGGUCGCUACCCUGAUGUAAGCACUAGGUACAAAGUCAGCACCUCUCCUCUCACGAAGCAGCUGCCCACUCUAAUCCUUUUCCAAGGUGGGAAAGAGGUCAUGCGCCGACCACAGAUUGAUAAAAAGGGACGAGCUGUUUCAUGGACCUUUUCUGAGGAGAAUGUGAUCCGGGAAUUCAACCUGAAUGAACUGUAUCAGAGAGCCAAGAAAGUGUUCAAGCAGUCUGAUGAGACCCCCGAGGAAUCUCCAGAGCAGCCUGCUGUCAUGGAGCUUCCCAACGGGGAAAGCAAAAAGGACAAAUAAGAGCCCAAGGGACUGGGCCAUAGCCCCUCACUGUUUAGCUCCCCACUCCUAAUUCUAUCUUGUUCUGUGCCCUAAGAUGUCAGCUGAAAUCUGUCUCCAGCUCACAAGGCUGGAGCUAGGAGUGUUAAGGUCAGAGAGCUUCUGUACCCUGGGCUUGGUGUGUUUCUGCUGGUGGCUGCUUGGUUUAUACAUGUGUUCUUUGCCUCUGUUGUCCCUGAUUCUUCCUCUGGGAGUAACUAGGGAUAUAACAUCUGUAGAUUUGAGCCAUCAGGGAAAGAACUCUCUGCUUGCUGGAGACCAUGAAAACUCUGGCAUCUCUAGAUGAGUGGGGAAUGUACACUUUCCUAGCAAUGAAUAGAAACUACUGAGAAAAGCAUGGGCUUAAUAGCUGCUAUAAGGGAAGAGUUUAUUUGCUUAUUAAUCUGUAGUGGGUCAGUGGAAAAUGUUGACCAGUUCAUCAAUUCUCGGGGAAAAGAUUUAUUUCUUUCCUAUAAAAAUGCACUCCUAUUUCAACUGCUGUCCCAGUCUUAUUUGUGAUUGAGAAGGCACAGGUAUUGUUAGCAGUUUCUACUUCCUACUUGAUGCCUUCUAUUAACCAUGACAGCAGAACUUUUUAAUAUUUCUGCUGUACUCUAGGGGUUUAGAAGGAUGUUUCCAUAAUGUGCUAGUGUAAGUGGCUGCCAUGUAGCCCUUAAGGACCUUGGGUCCUUUACAGCAAAAACUGCUAGCUUACUGCAACGUGCUCUGAAAAUAGGCUUUUCCCUAAACUGGAGGAGUUGCCACUUCUCUCAUCUAUGUGAACUUCUAAAGUUAUAGUUGCUUUAACUCCACUGCUAAUACAGGGAGCUUACCCAACAGUAGAAACAAGCUCCAUUUUGUUCUUUGUCCCCUUCAUGCUUCUGUUAAUGGUUUUGUAAAAUAGCCUCUAAUAAAGAAAUAUGGGAAUGUC